UACCUGAUAAAUAUCCUGAAUACUUGUGGGUCAUUUACUAUCAAGUACAGUACUAAAUACAUUAGGCAACUCUUGAGUGAUAUUAAAAGCUAUGUUACCAAUUAUCAGGCUUUAAAACCUUUUUUUUAUUUUUUAUUUAUAGCUGCCACAUUUCAGAAAACGUUUCGGAGCCUUCAGCAUAUACACCCUAAGGUGGUAUAUCCAUCUUUGAACUUCUCUGCAUUUGAUGAUGAAAUGAAAGCACCCAUGAACAUGUUGCCACAUAAUGUACAAGUUCUAUAUCUGUCAAUCAAUCGAUAUGAGAGAAAGAAGGAUCUUGGUCUGGCAAUUUUAGCUUUAGCUGAGCUCAAGAGCAGGUUGUCAGAGAGUGAAUGGAAAAGUGUACAUCUUGUGAUGGCUGGAGGUUAUGAUGACAGAGUGAUUGAAAAUAAGCAACAUUAUCUUGAAUUACAGGUGCUAGUUGAAAAGCACCAACUUAUUAAACAUGUCACAUUCCUGCGAUCAUUUAGUGAUGCAGAAAAACUAUAUUUGUUAAAUUCCUGUUCUUGUUUAUUGUACACACCAAGCAAUGAACAUUUUGGUAUAGUACCUAUAGAAGCAAUGUACAUGAGUCGACCAGUUAUUGCAG